AUGUGACCAGCCACAAAUUCAGGUGUGGUCUCUCAGAGGGACACUGUUCCUGAUUUCCCUCUGUCUUUAACCUGUCUACCUGUGAAUUACUUCUGACAUAUCCAAAGUCCAAGUCCAAGAGUACAAGGCCCAGAAAGAGGUCAAGAUGGGGUUUAUAUUCUCAAAAUCUAUGAAUGAAAACAUGAAAAGCCAACAAGAGUUCAUGGUUAUGCAUGCUCGACUUCAGCUGGAAAGGCAGCUGACCAUGCAGAACGAGAUGAGGGAAAGACAAAUGGCUAUGCAGAUCGCCUGGUCUCGGGAAUUCCUCAAAUAUUUUGGAACUUUUUUUGGCAUUGCCACCAUCUCUUUAGCAGCUGGAGCAAUAAAGCAAAAGAAGCCAGCCUUUCUCUUUCCUAUAGUUCCACUUAGCUUUAUCUUCACCUACCAGUAUGACCUGGGCUAUGGAACACUUCUACAAAGAAUGAAAAGUGAAGCUGAAGACAUAUUAGAAACAGAAAAGACUAAGUUGGAGCUGCCAAAAGGAAUGAUCACCUUUGAGAGCCUUGAAAAAGUCCGAAGGGAGCAGAGUAAAUUCUUCACAGACAAAUGAAGUCACGUGUAUGCUCAAAGCACAUGGUCCGACUCAAAACACAGAAUGGUUGGCUUGAAUCACAGUGUUUACAGUUUUUUAAACAAUCAAAAUUUUGAUACAAUGCAUUUUUUAAUUUUAAAAUAUUAAAUUUCAAAAUGAAUUUGUUGGACUAUUUUAAAAUAAAAUUUCUACCAUUCAACUAAAUCAUGGAAGUAUUCUAAAUAGUAUUCAGAUUUCCUUCAUGUGUGUUUUGCAACUAUCUAAGUGCAAAAUUAAAUAAAUUAUAUUGUUCUGAAGUUGA